UCCUCCAGGCGGAACUCAGGGGUGGGUCACGUGGUCCAUCCCGGGCCGGUCAGCUUCGGCGGGCGCUACGGUGGCCGGGAGGGUUUCCUUGACAACGGCGGCCACGCGCGAGCGAGCUGGAGGCCUGGGCCGGGGCUGGCGUUUGAACACCGUCCCACAACCCAAACUCAGCAGCGCCUGUCGGGCCGCGGAGCCGGAGGAGCAGAAGUCCGAGCCCUCUCCCUUGGCAGCCGCGGACCCCAGGGCGUUUCGUGUUCCGUCAUUGCUAAGCCUCCUCUUUUAACGAGCUGAAGCGUGGGGUGUUCUGGGGAUGGAGAAGGAGUGAAAGCAGGAAGCAGUUCUCACAGUUGCCUGUCAAAGUAACUUUACCAGUCUUAGUAUUGAAAAACAGUUGUUUAGAAGGUAACAUCCAGUUGCAGAUUAUGGCUCAUCAGUGUUCAAACGAAGAAUUAGAUAAGCAGUUUGAAGAAUUUCUGAAAGAGUCUCUUUCAGACGAUUCACCUGGAAAUUCAGAAAAGAAGUCCAGCGUUCUUGAGACAUUGGGGCUGCCCAGGAAAAAAGAAACAAAGCAAAAGGAUGCAGUGCCGUGGUGGCUGUGUGAGGAAGAUUUGGAUGAUGGUGAUUUCCAAACAAGAUUUGUUAAACUGAGAGAUAAGAAGGAAAGGAUGGAGAUCCAUGACGAAGUAGUGGAGAAUAGUGAACAAAAGAUUCCUCGUUCAGAUUUCCAGUCUGAAAUCCUUGAAGCCAGCGAAAGCACUGUCAAGAAGGCUUUGCAGCUUACAGGGGAGACUGAUGAAAACAUGCAUCCAGAAGAGAUGCAGCUUCGGAAGAGUCAUGGAGUCGCUUUCUCAUUAAGUAGAGACAGCCUGGAAACAAAUGAUUCCUUUGUAGCUUCUGUUCCUAAUCAAAGUAAUACAGGAGUUGGAUUGGAUACCUUGGAAGAACAAGAGGAAAAAGAGAUCUUUUUUGCUAAACUUGAACAAGAAGCUUCCUCACCUAUUGAUUAUUCAAGAUUAAAUAAAGAGCUGAAUUCCAGCGAUUCUGUAAUGUUAGCACCAUUUGUACGAAAUGAAAAAAGUGAAAAAGAAGUGGAAUCCACACCUGAAGAGAAAUGUGGCAGCUACAGUGAAGAUUUUGAAGAAGAAACAGCUGCUGAUCCUGCCUUUAAAACUGAAGAAAGUCAGGAACCAAACGCUGGCAUGCUGGCUAAAGUUGUACUACUUGAUUCACAAGAUUCAACUACAGAACUUCAGAAAGCUGCUGAAACAUCAGGUGUAGCUCUAAGUGAAAAUGAUCUGCCUCAAGAAGUUAGUGGAAUUGAAAUGAAUGAAGCAGGCACUUUGCAUGGAGAAACUACCAGUGACACUGAAGCCUUACACCGUGCGUAUCAUCACGUUAAUCAGUCUUUGGGAGACACUGAUGAGCAAAAAAUACAUGAUUCUUCAAUGGCUGUUUCAAAAUGCUUGCCACAAGUUACUUCACAAAAUCAUGAUCUCUAUUCAAAAAACACAUCAACUACUGAGUCAGAUUUGCCUACUGUGGAAGAAUUUAUGAGACCUAUUAAAGGAGAUCCCUAUAAUGCCAGAUGUUUUGAUUUGGAACCUGAAAGUCCCGUGAAGGUGAUAGGCAGCAUGGUAAAUGAACUUGUCAAUCAUUUACCCUAUAAAGAGCACCAAAAUAAUUCGGUUUGGGAGACAAGCUUACUUGAAAAAUUUAACAGAGAAGACAGCAUCUUUCUACAGACAGCUGCAAAUGAAGAUAGCUUUCAGAGAAUGACUGAGAAAGAAAUUCAGACCAGUGAAGUACAACCUGAUGUGCUAAGUGAAGAGGUAAUACAAGACUGUCUGCUUUCACAAGGCAGCAAAACUGAACAGGUUCUGCAGUCUUGUUGCUUGAAGAACGAAAAAUCAGAAUCAACAACAACUAAACAAAUGUACAAGAAUAUCAGAAGUACAACACCUUUACAUAAAAAGAAGUCUUCAUAUAGUCCUCACGGGGUGGUUAGAAGUUCUGGAUAUGGGAAAUCCACUUCAUACUCAAAACAGUCCAUGCCAGCUACUGAAAGGAAAAUACCAAAAGAAACUUUGAAAAAAAACAUUAUGAAAUCUAGAAGUCCUGCAGAUAGAGCAAGAUCUAAAGAAGCCUUAUUUACUACAAGGACAAUAAGAUCUGCAACAAAUGAACUUAAAGAGGAUAUUAACAGAGCUGUGUCUGACCAAUCAGUUCAUAAUCUUGGACACCAAGUUGUGGAUUCUUGCAGACAUCAUCAUCGUGAUUUACCAGUUUCUCCUGUCAAAAGUUGUGAGAGGGAACUACGUUUGCUAAGACGAGCACAAAUUGCUGAGGAGGACCUGAAUAGUGCACGUGAUUUGAUUCAACAGCUAACCAGCACAGUUUCAGAAAAGGAGAAAGAAAUGGAGACAAAGAUGGUAGAACUGAAAACACACUAUGAAAAAGAGCUUUCUCAGCUGGGUCAAGAAAACUAUGUUCUUCAGAGCAAGUUGAGAAGUGUGGAAGAGCUGUCUAAGGAGAAGAGAUGGAUCCAUCAUACAGCAACAGUUCCUGUCUCUGAAGAAAAACUGUCACAAAUACGAAAAGAAAUGGAAGAUCAGGAGGUCAUUAUUCAAGGUUAUCAACAGGAAAAUGAGAGGUUAUACAAACAGAUGAAAGAGCUGCAAAUCCAAAACAAAAAAAAUGAGGAACAAAUGUAUAAGGAGAAUCAGUGUUUAAUGUCUGAGUUAAUAACCCUAAGAGAAAAGAUAGAAAGGACUACCAUCCAGUCACAAAUUGUGCAGGAAUCUGAACUAACCAGAAAUCAAAGUUUCACAGAGUUGAUUUCAGAGCUUCGAGCAGCACGGAAAGAAGAAACUAAAUUACGAGAAGAGGUAAAACGGCUUAAACAAGAUAAACAAGCUCUUGAGUUAGACCUGGGGCAAGCAAAGAAAGAGAGAGAUCUAGCAAAAGUCCAGAUUACAUCCACAUCAAGUGAGAAGUCUUAUGAAUUUAAAGUUAUGGAAGAAUCAUACAAGCAGGAAAUUCUCCAUCUAAAAAGGCGGCUUCAUUGGUAUGCAGAAAAUCAAGAUCUUCUAGAUAAAGAUGCAGCCCGUCUUAAAGAUGCAAGAGAAGAAAUUGAAAAACUGAAACAAGAGGUCGAGAAGCUCAGAGCUGAAGCUGGAGAUCAUCAGUGUGUGCAACAGAAGAAGCGUUUGAGAGACAGAGCGGCAGAUGCUAGAAGAAUUCAGGACCUUGAACGACAAAUCAAAGAAAUGGAAGGCAUUCUAAGAAGGCGCUAUCCAAAUUCAUUGCCUGCUUUGAUUUAUGCUGCUGCUACUGCUGAGAAAACUGAUGAACUUUCAGCUAAAACAAACACAAUUGAUUUUUUGGAAAGAAGAAUAAAAAAAUUAGAAACAGAACUUGAGGGUAAAGAUGAUGAAGCUAAAACAAGUCUCCGUGCCAUGGAACAGCAGUUUCAAAAGAUAAAGAUGCAGUAUGAGCAAAGACUUGUAGAGCUUGAGCAACUACUUGCUUACAAGUGGAAGAGUGGAUCACCAAAACUGAACAGUGAUAAAGCCAAUUCUGUUGAACUUGAACUGCAGCUUCAGAAUCUGAAGAAGACCCAUCAGAUUACUGUUGAAAACCUCCAGACAGAAAUUGAAAACCUCAAGAGUCAAAAUUCCCAACUAAAACUCAGAAGUAAGAAGGAUAAUAAAGACUUACAGUCAACAGAUUGGCAAGCAAAACAAGGUAACACAAAAGAGAAACUGCUGAAACUAAACCAAGAGCUGAUCACAAAAAAUAGAGAAAUACAAGACCUUACAAAAACUGUAGAGAAACUUCAAAAAGAAAGGAUGGCAAUGUUGUCCGAUAAUAAUUUAAGAAAUAAAACUGAUAAUAAGGAAAACUGCCAAGAGAUCUUGAAAAAGAAUAUCGCAGCAACAGAGAACAGGAAUUCCAUCACCAGCGAACCCUCUGUAGGCAUUUUUAACAAUGACAAAAUAUACCAGCCACGUACCUUUUCUGAUUCUAAUGUCCUGGAAGUUCUGCAAGAAAACGCACGGUUGAAGGAGGAGCUAGAAAAAUUGUCUCUAGAAAUGAACCAGCAGAGGGUGAAGUCUCAGGCAACACUGGCUUAUUCUGAAAAUAAUUUAAGAAGGAUACAGGAAGACACAUCAGAAUAUGUUGCAGCUCUGAAAGCUUCCCAUCAAAGAGAAGUAGAGAAGAUUCUUUCUCAGUACACAAAAGAGCAUUCUGCUUCCAAAGUAGCUGAACUAAAUGGCAGAAUUUCAACACAAGAGAUUUUAAUAAAACAUCUGCAAGAACAAAUCAGCGAACAUCAGAGACAUCAGGAAGCCCUCCUAGUUUCACAAAUGCGAGAGGAAUUCCUGCAAAAAGAGGUUGCGAAAUUGUUGGAAGAAUUGAGAGAAGCUAAGGAAAGCCAGAGCCCUGAAAUGAAACAUUUCUUGUGCCUGGAAAAGAAGAUCAAGCAUAUUGAGACCCGGCAUGCAGUAAGAGAACAAGAACUUCUAAAGGCAGCACAGCUAACACAGCACAUCACUGAGGGAAGGCAAAGCCGUGAAGCUGAGAGGUGGCGUAAGCUGGCACAGCGGAAGAAUGAAGAGCUGGAGAGAUUUCGAGUGGAAUUGGAUUCCAUAUUGGAUGUCUUACGGGAACUGCAGAAACAGGGGGUCGUUAUUCCAGCGCCUAAUUGCAGUGGACUCAUUAACAGAUAACUGUUGGAAGAUGUGAUUCGAUGUGAGUGGUUUCACAGGAGCAGGAGUUGAAUGUUUCAGUUUAUGGAUAGGAAACGUUAUUGAAAACCAUCAAUGAAGUCCUUAUAAAUUGAAUUACAUUCUGAUCUGAAAUCUUACUUGCCCAAAGGAGAGCAUUAAGCUACACCCCAGUUAAAUGUCUUAUUUUGUUAGCGAUAUAAUUCACACUUUCUUACAUUUUAGGAACAUUGAGGUUAUUCUGUAAACUCAGUUACCAUUCCAGGUGAUGCAGUUGCCAGAAAAAUUCCAAGUGGUGUUUUUCAGAUCCUGUAGAACACGCCUGAACAUUUUUAACUGCCAUUUAUGGCUUGUGUUACAUCAGGUCCUGUUUGAACAGCUUCAGUAAUACGUUUGGUUGUAUUUUUAGUGUAUGCUGUUACCAAUACUGUUCAUGCAGGAGGGAUGAGAUCCUCUUUGUUCUGUUUGUUGGUGGGUAAGAUUUUGAAGAAUAAAAUCAGUAAAUUCUGAGUUUGACGUCUCAGCACUGCAAGUCCUUAAAAAUUACGUAGCACAUGUACAGAGAUUUUAGCUCAACCAAUUAUACUUAUUUAGAGCACAGACAAACUAAAGGGCAGGAUGCACUCCUGAGCUCCUAUCCCAUAAUUCUGUGCUUUCUACACUGUAUUUUAUAUCACUGGUUUUAUUUUAUGAAGCUAAGAUUAAGUCAGAAGUGAAAUUGUUCAGAGUUGUUUGUAUUUAUGUCUCACUUUGUUAGGGACCAGCAGUAAACCAUGCAUUUUGACUUGGAGAUACAUGUGCAUGAGUGUGCAGAAAGCACAAAUAGUACCACUUACAUCAGAGAGGCACAGGCAGUAAUUAACAGUGCAAGAUCUUUUUGACUGCACACAUUCAAAUUAUGUCUGUCUAUAUGCAUGUGUGUAUAUAUGUGUGUGUGUAUAUAUAUAUAUAUAAAAGGUGGUAAAGUAUUAAUAUACUAAUUCUGGAUGUUUCUGGACAUUUGCUAAAGAUGCUGAAAAUAAUUACAGAUGUUUUUUCCUCAGAUGAUGAAGUAUUUGCCCAGUAUUUGCUUGUCCAUUGCUGAGGAACGACCAAACAACAGUGCACUAUUAACUUAAUCUGGGCUGAAAGCAGGGCAUGGGGCGCACUGCUGUGCCUGCUCAAGUUAUGGCAAAUACUUUUAUGCAGCUUGAUACAUUGGCUAAACACAGCCCUGUGAACAGUGAAAAAUACACAGCCGUGCUUACUAUUCUGCUAAAGGGAUUUGAGAGUAGUUCCAAGACUGCCAAAAAAUUAUCAUUCUUUUGGUAUCUUUGUGACUCCAUUUCAAUCAGCGUGAAUGCACGACCUGCAGGUUUUCAAAUGGAAUGUAUAAAGUUGCAAGCAGAUAUUCACCUCAAAACUCUGAUCAUAUCUCUCUAGUAGACUUUUAUAAGUCUUCUCUGCCCAGAUAGAAAUACCCCUCACUUCACAAUCUGCCUUAUUCGUGUCAUUGCUGUUUGGCAGUUUGCAUGUUUGUGAAGAACUGUUUCCAAGGAUGAAGCAUGGAAGGAGUAAAAUUCCAUCAAAAAUCUCUGCAGAAUGCCCUCAGAGCUCACUAAGAAUUGAAACCACUCCCCAUCAAACCAGGUAUUGCAUUAGUUUUACAAAAACAAAGUCAGAUAUCCCGCUAUUUUUAUGGUUCUGUUGCUCUCUUGUUUUAUGUUUUAAUAAAAAAAAUUAAAAUUAAACUGUUGUAUUACUUACAUAUUCACUAUAUUAUAUAUUUUAUGAGGGCUGCUCUGACUGUAAUGCCGUCUGGUUUAUUUUGUCUCCCAUGAGGUUGUUGGUAGUGGUACGACAGUAGAGGUUGAACAUUCUGGUACAUGUUGUGGUUGUGUGACAGAUGGCAAAGAGGAGCAGUCUGACAAGAUGGCAUCUGAUAGGGAAGUGCACAUGGAUGAAGCAAAGGUGUGUCACUGAAUUCCUCCAUGCAGAAAAAAUGGCACUCGUUGACAUUCGCCAACACUUGCUGAGCACUGAUGGAGGCCAAAUAGUAAUGUGAGCACAGUGAGGUGGUGGGGGGUGAUAGUGGGUCACUUCUGCUGGUGCUCUUGCUCAUUGUUGGCAAAAAUGCAGAACUAAUGGUGGUGGCUGUGUUGAAAAAGAGCAUUUUGUAGCUGAGAAUUUGCUAUUUCAACUGGUGUUACUGUGCACUUUGUAUCUGUUCUAUUUUCUGUGGUAGUAAAUAUUCAGGGAGGCCCUCUUCACUUAAUGCAGUCCAUGCAAGCCAAAAUAUUGGACACUGAUGUAUUAGUCUACAUUCAUAAAACAUGUAAAUGCAACACUACAUAUAUGAAAUACCAGCUGUGUGUAAAUACACUGCAUUUAAGGACAUAAGGACAGGUCACAGAGGGGGAGCCUCUGUGAUUGGAAACACAUCCUUCCACACUUUCCAUUCCAAAAAUGCCUGCAAAGUGUUACAUGUAACCUUGCAUACUGUUAGCUACAGCAACCAUCCACCUACUGCCAAUAUUUCCUCACUAAACCCUGUCCCUUAGUGUGGAAUAUCCAUUCAACAGAGGUCAGCUGUCCUGAUUUGGUCCCUUUCCCAGUUCCUUGUCCCCUCCCCCCUCACCCCCAGUUCCUUUGCUGGUACAACAGUACAAGAUGCUGAGAAAACUGAAACAGCCUUGGCUCUGUACAGCACUAAGAGGCAACAACUAGAAACACCAGCAUGUUGUCACCAUUGUUUUUCUGCUAAAACCAAAGCACAGCAUCAUACCAGACGCUAUCAAGAAAAACAGCUCUGUCCUAGGACAAUGUAACAUCAUUAAAUUGUGACAAAUCCUUCUUUCUGCAUGAUGACCCUCCUCAAAACUAUUUCCUUUGCCUGAUGCUGAUUUUCUGGGAAAAGAUGCUGAUAUUUUUUGUAAAACAUACACAAGGUUGAUUAUUAUACCAGUAUCCUUCCCUAUCAGACAAAAUCUUGUCUAUUAAUUAUUAAAAAGGAAAACAAAACUAAGAAUGGUUUCAAAAUUAUUGGUUUAGAGGACUGGAGAAGGUUUCUGUGUUUGCUCUUAAUUGUUGCCCUGAUGUAGAGGAAAAAAGCUGAAUUGAGCUGUACACACAAGAGCAAGUGCAAAGCUCAGGCUGUUCUGCUGCUUUUGAGUGUGAGGGCAUUGCAAAGACAGAAGGGUGGCAAGAUGAAAAAGUAGAGUAACAGAAGCAGGAACUGAAUGCUUAAUUACCCCUAUAUGGUUAACUCCUGUUAGAGAAGGACACCAGGAGUGCAGUUUAGAUAUGUAGUAAGCUCAAUUGGUGUUAGCCCUUGAUCAUUUGGUUAAAUACCUUUCAUCCAGGCAUUGUGUCACAUGGAUAGUUUUCUCUCCAGAAGUAGCAAUUCUGCACCUAAGAUUUGAAGUUUUAAGGUGGGAGAAGAGAAGCUUCAGUUAGCCUACAGCAAAGAGCAAGUUUUGUUUUUGCUAGAGCGAAGCCUGUAUGACUGAUAAGUAGCUUUAAAUGCUUUCAAAGUAAGCUUCAUUUCUCAAUAGCCAAAGAGAUGGAUAAUCCCUUUUGCACCGGUUUUUCCCUACUUAAGCAGCAUUUCUGUUUUCAAGCAUGAUAAAGGCAAACAGUAUAUCAAAUGUCAUUGAAAGCAGCUCAGUCAUCCAGAAAAAGGCAAUAAAAGGUGCAUUUAGCAAGAACUCUAUCACGUUUGAGCUUCGGUUCAGACAAAAGCUUUACCAUUGGGCAACAGAGACACUUGAGCACCCUGAGGAGGAAGCAGGGCUGCAUUCGGAAGGCGGUGGUUUGCCCUCAGGUGGUGAAGUGAAGAUGAAUUUUACUGCUGAACCGCCUAGAGUUUCUCUGUAGAGGA